UACACUCCCUGCCUCCCUUAUAUAAAGCCCCCACCUCCCUGCACAACUCACUCUCCCUCUGGUUUGGGACUCGGGCACCAUGUCUAACAUAGCCGCUAGGUUAGCCAAGAGCAGGGCGGCGGCGGCUGAUGGUCUUGGUACCAAUAAGAACCCAGUGCAAUAUCUAAACCAAGACUUUGAGAAGCUGAGGGCACAAUGCUUGGCAUCUGGUACCCUGUUUAAAGAUGAAGAAUUCCCAGCAUGCCCUUCUGCACUGGGUUUCAACGAACUGGGACCCGGCUCCCCAAAAACACAAGGAGUGAUAUGGAAGAGACCUUCGGAGAUUUGCCCCAACCCCCAGUUCAUUGUGGAUGGAGCAACACGCGGAGACAUCCGUCAAGGGGCUCUCGGGGAUUGCUGGCUCCUGGCGGCCAUCGCUUCUCUUACACUGGACGCGGAUCUUGUAGCCCAGGUGGUUCCAGAGAAUCAAAGUUUCCAGAAGGACUACGCUGGGAUCUUCCACUUCCGGUUCUGGCAGUACGGAGAGUGGGUGGAUGUGGUGGUGGAUGACCGGCUGCCUACGAAGAAUGGGAACCUGGUGUUUGUACACUCGGCUGAAGGGGACGAGUUCUGGAGCGCUCUGCUAGAGAAGGCCUACGCAAAGUUGAAUGGCUCCUACGAGGCUCUGUCUGGCGGUUCCACCAUAGAAGGAUUUGAAGACUUUACCGGAGGUAUCGCCGAGGUGUAUGAACUGAGGAAGGCUCCGUCUGAUUUAUUCCAGAUCAUCCAGAAAGCCCUUAGGGCUGAAUCACUGCUUGGCUGCUCUAUUGACAUUACGAAUGCCUAUGACACUGAAGCCAUCACAAGCCGAAAGCUGGUUAAGGGGCACGCGUAUUCAGUAACUGGCGCCGAGGAGGUGUUAUAUCGAGGUCGCCAGGAGAAGCUGAUCCGAGUGAGAAAUCCCUGGGGAGAAGUAGAAUGGACCGGACCUUGGAGUGAUACGGCUCCAGAGUGGAAUUAUAUCGAUCCAAAAGUGAAAGCGGCUCUGGAUAAACAGUCUGACGAUGGAGAAUUUUGGAUGGCGUUUUCAGACUUUCUCCGAGAGUAUUCCCGCCUGGAGAUCUGUAACCUGUCCCCCGACACACUCACCAACACCGAGCAGCAUAAAUGGAACAUAACCCUGUACAAUGGGAGCUGGGCACGGGGGUCUACUGCCGGCGGCUGCCAAAACUAUCCAGCAACAUUUUGGACCAACCCGCAGUUUCGCAUUAAACUGGAUGACCCCGAUCAUGAACAUCAGGGGUCGAACCAGGAGCCGUGCUGCACCGUUAUUGUGGGAUUGAUGCAGAAGAACCGUAGAAGAAAGAAGAAGAUGGGAGAAGACUUGCUGAGCAUUGGCUAUUCACUCUUUAAGAUCCCUAAUCAGCUUCAGAACCACACAGAUGACCACCUCGGCAGGGACUUCUUCCAAAAGACUCCAACGGCCGCCCGUUCCGACACCUAUAUAAACGUACGGGAGGUGUCCAACCGCUUCCACCUUCCAGUCGGGGAUUAUCUGAUUGUGCCGUCCACCUUUGAGCCUUUUAAAAAUGGCGACUUCUGUCUUCGUGUCUUCUCAGAAAAGGAGGCCAAAUCCCUAGAAGUUGGUGACGUGGUGAUAGCGAAACCCUAUGAGCCCAAGAUCUCUAACAAGGACGUCACUGAUGAAUUCAAGAAUAUCUUUGACAAGCUUGCAGGGGAUAAAGAAGAAAUUGAUGCGAAAGAACUUCAAACCAUUCUCAAUAAACUCAUUUCAAAGAGGCCGGACUUGAGAUCCAAUGGAUUUACUGUCAACACUUGCAGAGAGAUGAUCAGCUUACAAGACAUGGAUGGAACAGCAACGCUGAGCCUUCUGGAGUUCCGUAUUCUGUGGCUGAAGAUACAGAAAUACUUGGCAAUCUAUUUAAAGGCAGACUCUGACCGUUCUGGGACCAUGGACGCCCACGAGCUGAGAGCAGCUUUACAAGAAGCAGGUUUUACUCUGAAUAAUAAGAUCCAGCAGUCCAUUGUGCUGCGAUACGCGUCUGAUGAGCUGACGAUUAACUUCGAUAGCUUUAUUGCCUGUAUGAUGCGCCUGGAGACCCUGUUCAAAAUGUUCCAGAUGUUGGACAAGAGUAAGAAAGGGGUCGUUGAGCUGAGUUUACAAGAGUGGCUCUGCGCAACCUUGGAAUAUGCAGAUUUUCAGCCAAUCCUGAACUUGUAUCAACUGGGCAUGCUCAGUGCUGGGACUCGCAGUGAAGGGGACACAAAGCAGCGCAAGCUGCCACUAGAGCUGGCGCCGGCACCGGCAUUGAAAUCACCAGCUGGCACCGGCACUGUCUGCACCGUCUGGGGCACCAAAAGGGACACCAUGUCGAGAAGUGCUGCCCUGAUAGCCAAGGAGCGGUCUGCGGCCAAUGUGGGGCGAACGAAGAGGAACCCAGUGAAGUAUUUGAAUCAAGACUUUGAUAAGCUGAGGGCACAGUGUUUGGCAUCUGGGACUCUCUUCAGUGAUGAGGAAUUCCCAGCAUGCCCAUCUUCCCUGGGUUACAAUGAACUGGGACCCGGCUCAUCCAAAACCAAUGGAAUUGUAUGGAAGAGACCCAAGGAGAUUUGCCCCAACGGCCCCCAGUUUAUUGUAGAUGGAGCAACGCGUGGAGACAUCCGUCAGGGGACACUUGGGGACUGCUGGCUCCUGGCGGCCAUCGCAUCUCUUACACUGGAUCCAGACCUUGUAGCCCAGGUGGUUCCAGAGAACCAAAGUUUCCAGAAGGGCUACGCUGGGAUCUUCCACUUCCAGUUCUGGCAGUACGGAGAGUGGGUGGACGUGGUGGUGGAUGACCGGCUGCCUAUGAAGGAUGGGAACCUGGUGUUUGUACACUCGGCUGAAGGGGACGAAUUCUGGAGCGCUCUGCUAGAGAAGGCCUACGCAAAGUUGAACGGCUCCUACGAGGCUCUGACUGGCGGUUUGACCAUAGAGGGAUUUGAAGACUUUACCGGAGGUAUCGCCGAGGUGUACGAACUGAACGCGGCUCCGUCUGAUUUAUUCCAGAUCAUCCAAAAAGCCCUUAGGGCUGAAUCACUGCUUGGCUGCUCUAUUGACAUUUCUAAUUCAAAUGACACUGAAGCCGAGACAAGCAGAAAGCUGGUUAAGGGGCACGCGUAUUCAGUGACGGGCGCCGAGGAGGUGUUAUACCGAGGGCGCCGGGAGAAGCUGAUCCGAGUGAGAAAUCCCUGGGGAGAAGUAGAAUGGACCGGACCUUGGAGUGAUUAUGCUCCAGAGUGGAAUUAUAUUGAUCCUAAGGUGAAGGCAGCUCUGGAUAAACAGUCUGACGAUGGAGAAUUUUGGAUGGCGUUUUCUGACUUUCUCCGAGAGUAUUCCCGCCUGGAGAUCUGUAACCUGUCCCCCGACACACUCACCAGCACCGAGCAGCAUAAAUGGAACAUAACCCUGUACAAUGGGAGCUGGGCACGGGGGUCUACUGCCGGCGGCUGCCCCAAAUACCCAGAAACAUUCUGGACAAACCCACAGUUUCGCAUUAAACUGGAUACGCCGGAUUGGGGCCACAAGGGGUCGGAUAAUGAGCCCUGCUGUACAGUCAUUGUGGGGCUGAUGCAGAAGAACCGCAGACGGAACAGAAAGAUGGGGGAGGAUUUGCUUAGCAUCGGCUUCUCCAUAUUUAGGAUCCCUGAUCAGCUUCGAGGCCACACUGAUAGCAACUUCAGCAGGGAAUUCUUCCAAAGGUCUCGAACAGUGGCUCGAUCUGACGCCUAUAUAAACAUACGGGAGGUCUCCCAGCGCUUCUAUCUGCCAGUCGGGGAUUAUCUCAUCGUCCCAACCACCUUUGAGCCUUUCCAAAAUGGCGACUUCUGCCUUCGAAUCUUCUCAGAAAAGGAGGCCAAAUCUCUGGAAGUCGGAAAUGUGGUGACAGUAAAUCCAUAUGAGCCUCAGAUUUCUAAAAGGGCCACUGAUGAACUCAAGGAGAUGUUUUAUGAGUUUGCCGGAGAAAAAGAAGAACUUGAUGCUACAGAUCUCCAAAGCAUUCUCAAUGUGCUCCUAUCAAUCCGUGAUCGUUGCCCAGAAACGCCACGUGCAACUGACAAGCACUUACACAAGAAACGGAGUUGUUUUCAGGGACUUUGGUGCCACAUUGGGCGCUCCUCUGAAACGCGGCGCUCAAAGCGACUAGAAACACCCCCCGCGCCACAUCCCACAAGGCCGGACUUGAGAUCGGAGAAAUUUACCCUUAGCACUUGCAGGGAGAUGAUCAGCCUCCAGGAUAUGGAUGGGACAGAAACACUGAACCUCCGGGAGUUCCGAGUUCUCUGGAUGAAGAUACAGAAAUACAUGACAAUCUAUUUAAGGGCGGACUCGGAUCGUUCUGGAACCAUAGACGCUCUUGAGCUGAGAACAGCUUUACCACAAGCAGGUUUUACUCUGAAUAAUAAGAUCCAGCAGCGCAUUGUGAAGCGAUACGCCUCUGAGGACCUGGCUAUUAACUUAGAUGCCUUUAUUGCCUGUAUGAUGCGCCUGGAGACCCUGUUCAAAAUGUUCGAGAUAUUGGACAAGAGCAAGAGAGGGGUCGUUGAGCUGGAUUUACAAGAGUGGCUCUGUGCAACACUGAUCUGAACUGGAACAUUACGCCGGCGUUUUACUGUUGGUCUGGAACUGCAUUCCAAAUGUAAAUGUAGAGGGGGUGCUUCUUGCCAUUGGCUGCCUGAGGCUGAAGACUCCCCCCCCCCAGGGGGCAGGAUCACUUGUAUAUAGAGAACAAUUGCCCUCACUUGCACUAUAACAGCAAAAAUCUGCUCUGA